UUUAUUCAUGCUGCUUUUUUAUGCUCAACACCCAUGCUUUUUGUCUGUUAUAAGUGAGCACAGUGAUUACUUUGCCCAAAGCUUAAACAAUCUUUUGCCUUUGUCAGUGUCUAAAGAAUGUUUAGACACUGGAUAUACAACAGAUGAACUGGUAAAACAGGAGGCUAUUUUAAAUUGUAAUGACCAGAAAUGGUCAUCUUUUCUUUGUAUUUUGGGCCUAUCUUCUGUUUUAGGUAGAAAAAUUCAUACUUUUUAUCCUGAUUCUGGUGAAAGUAGAUAUAAAUUGUUAUUUAAUCGUAUUGUUCAGCCCCAGUUAUUAAGCCAAAGAGGUUUGGAUGCUAUUAAUAUUUUGUUUUGUCAUGAAGGAUCUGUACAACCAGGUGAGACUUUUCAGUCUAAUCAUUUUGUGCCUCUCAUUUUCCAUGCCCACAGGUUGAAGCGAAAAUUGUCUAAUUCCUGUACACAGUCUAAUUCUAGCAGCUCAACAACAGAGAAACGAAAAUUUGUCAAAAUUUUUCCAAAUAUUGCACCAAAAACAGUUGACAUUUCAAAUUUUUACUUCAACUAAUAGGCCUGCUGCCCAACCAACUUUUAAAAGGAUGCCCAAUGAGAGUUUUUCUUCUGCUGCAGCUCUUGCUCAGACAUUAAAUAAAGCCAAUAGUCUUUUGCUUCACACAUCAUCCCAGGAACUAUUGCCUGGUAUUCCAACUUCUGGUGAUAUGCAACCUGCUGUUUUAACCCAUAAUUUUGAUGUUUCCUUGUAUAGGGAGAAAGUUAAGGGUAUGGAUAAUUCUGAAAUAUGUCAUUUGAUAAAAAAUGUAUAUAAACCAGAUAAAAAGUAUCAUUUUCCUAAAUCUAAUGGCAGAUCAUUUAGGCAUGAUUGGCUAGACCAGCAUGAAUGGCUUUGCUAUUCACCUUCACAAAAUGGUACUCUGCAGCCUAUCGAGAUGAUCAUGGAUGCUGGUAUCAAGAAAGAAAUAGAACAGAAUAGGGAAAUACUAUCUCCAAUUAUUGAUUCUGUCAUUUUUUGUGGACGUCUAGGUUUACCUCUUCGUGGGCAUCGUGAUGAUUCCAAGUAUCACCCUACUGUUGGUUGUUAUUCAUCUGGAGGGGUUGGUAAUUUCAUUGAAACACUCAAUUAUGGAGUUAGGAGAGGGGAUAAAGUUUUAGAAAAUCAUUUAAAGAAUUGUGGUAAGAAUAGAAGUUAUAUUUCUAAAACAAGUCAAAAUAAAAUCAUUAAAUGUUGUGGCCAGGUAAUCAGUAAUCAGAUUAUUUCUGAUAUCAAAAAGUUUGAUUUCGUCGUUGCUUUAGUUAUCACGAGAAAUAUUCUUGAUUCAACUCUUCCAGUAACACAGUUAUUACAGGGUAAGAGUAUCGAUAUAAUGGAUGGUAUUCAUUUAAUUUCAACUUUGAAAACUGAGGUGGUGAACAUGAGGAAUUCCUCUGAUUUUUAUCAUGACACCUGGUAUGACGAAGCGCUUGAACUGGCAGCAAAAGUUGGCAUUGAAGAAUGGAAACCAAGAACAGUGCGCAAACAAACGACCAGGGAAAAUAUUCCCACACAACCAUUUCUGAGUAUUAUAAACGUGCAAUUACUCUUCCUCUACUAG